UUUAUCGAACAGCAGAGAAUGCCUAUGUUUUGGGUGGUGGCUAUAAUUCCGCUCUUCUCCAAAGAAGGUUUUGUCCGAUAUUAGCAAACGCUCGCAGGAGCCUUUUCAGAACAUGGAGCAAGGCACCGUGGACAUCUCAGAUGCAGAUCCUGACGGGAACUCUUUGCAUAAAGUUUCCCCGCAAUUUUACGAUGAAACCAACAUUUUCCAGCAACUUCCAAGUUACAAGUCAGUGAGAAGCAGAUCCAAGUCCAUGAUUCCCCAAGAUAAACACCAAUCAUUAACAAGGAACUCAGCUGCAGUUUCCUCUUCAGAGUACACCUAUAAUGAGUCGGAUAUGUUUGUGGACAGCAAGCAACCUCUGAGAGAGCUUCCUAUCAACAUGGCAGAGAAAAAGAGAGUGCGGGAAAAGAGAUACUGUGACUCGGGGCAUCUCACCAGCUGGGAAGUAUGGAAGCAAAGUCAGUGGAAAUCACUGAGGAGGCUGCAGGAGGAUGUGACACACGCCCUCUCCUGGUUGGAACUGUGGAAGAGGUCUCUGAAAGAAAUAGAAGGUCGCUAUGGGACCGGCAUCCAGUCGUACUUCACUUUUCUUCGUUUCUUGGUUUUCCUGAAUCUUUCUGCAUUUCUUUUGGUUAGUGGGUUUGUGCUCCUGCCUUCCAUCUAUGUAACCAACAUGGAACUCGUACAGAUAGACACGGAGCGUCUGAAGAACAUUUCUGUUUCAGCACCUGAGUGCUUCAAAUAUGAAGUAUAUCCAAAGGGCUUGGUUUAUUUUUAUGAUAGAAUUCUGGAUCUGUUCUCUGGGACAGGAUUCAUGGAAGUUUCCUAUAUGUUCUAUGGAUAUUAUAAAUUCGGUGUGUACGAGGGUCUGAGCUACAGUCUCCCCUUGGCUUAUCUACUGACGAUGAUCUUCUAUUUCCUCUUCUGUCUUUGCUGGAUUGUAAAGAGGACCAUGAAUGGAUUUAACCAAGAAAGUAUGCUUGAGAGUAAUGACAAUAGCAGACAAAGUGCCCAGAUCUUCACUCUCUGGGACUUCUGCAUAAAGGAAACUUCCAUGGCUGAACUCAAACAACUUUGCAUUAUGAAUGAACUGAAGACUGACUUAGCGGAGCAAAUGUACAAGAAGAGAAGAGUUGAACGAACUGCCAGGGAGAGAGCAUUCCUUUACCUCAUCCGCUUUUUGCUCAAUUUGUUCAUCAUACUGGUAUUGACUGGAGCGUUCUAUGUCAUCUAUAAAGCAACAAAAUUAUCUCAACAUUUCCAGAGGAAGGAGAGAAGCAUCAAGAGCCUUGCAUUUGUUACGGAAUUCUUCAUGGAAUAUCUUCCACCCAUUAUCCUCACUACCAACAAUCUUCUUCUGCCAUAUUUAUUUUGGAUAAUUAUCCGAUAUGAAGAGUACUCACCAAGCACUGAAAUCAAUUUGAUAUUAAUCAGGUGCACAUUUCUAAGGCUGACCAAUCUGACCAUGUUGGUGUUCUCCCUGUGGCAGCAGGUCACAUGUUCUGGCGGGAUAAGUAAAGAAGAUUGCGAAACCUGUGGUUACAACAUACAUUACCAGUGUUGGGAGACGAGAAUUGGACAAGAAAUGUACAAGCUGUUCUUGUUUGAUUUCAUAGCGGACAUCAGUUUUCCGUUUUGUGUGGAACUUCCAAAAAAAUUGCUGAUAGAACAUACCACCUUUCAGUUACCCAAGAUUUUGCAAAAGCAGCAAUUCCACAUUCCUGAAAAUGUUUUGAAUAUCGUGAAUGGACAAACUGUAGUCUGGAUUGGAAUGUUUUACUCCCCAUUGCUGCCAAUUCUCAAUACCAUCAAAUGCAUUAUCAUCUUUUACGUGAAAAAGCACAGUCUGUAUAAUUACUGUUGCCCUGCGAAAAGGUUGUUUCGAGCAUCCAGCUCUAAAACCUUCUUUCAGUUGACUCUACUAUUUGGAUUGACGCUUGCUCUGAUCCCACUGGUCAUUAAUGUAUUUAAGGUUCAUCCGUCCAGGGCAUGUGGCCCGUUUCGAUAUUAUGAAACAGCUUGGGGAAUUAUUCCAGAGAUUGUUGGAGGUCUUCCACAACAAACACAGAACGUCCUUAACUACGUUAAGUCAGAAGCCUUUUUGUCGAUACUGAUCAUGGUUUUAUGUAUGGUGCUGACUACUUUUGUUGCUUUGGUUCGAGCUAACAGAAGGUCUAUAACCCAGCUGAAAAGGCAUUUAGCACUGGCGGGAAAGGAUAAAAAAUAUUUGGUGAAAAAACUAUCAACACAUUCUCAGCAUCAAAGAAAUAUUCAUUUUCAAGACAAUUCUUCCAACAGCAUUGAAGAUAAUAAUGAAACUUGAUUCUUCCCACAAUGGAACUUUUUUAAGAACCAAAUGAAAGCAUAGUCUGGUGUGAGCCAAACUGCCAAACUGUGAGAAGGGCAAAGACUGCUGAUGCCUUACUUAUUGUACAUAAAGAACCUAUGAUAUUGGUCUGAUAUACAUCUUCCACCUUUGCUGUAAAUUGCCUUGCAUAUUCUGUACAUUGUUUUUUCACAAAGUCUUUCCUAGAUCACCAACAUUUGUAUGUGUCUUUGGUCAAUAAAUUUGGACAGCAACAAACUCAAUA